UUUUUAAAGAUGACGAUUUAGGAAAAACGGAAAUUCAAAAGUCUUGUUAUUGAAAUCAAUUGAUAAUUAUGUUUUUUUUGAGAGAUUUUUCACUUAACAUAUGUAGUGUGAAUAUAUUGUAGCUAAAGAUCACAUGCGAGUUGCCUGUACAUUUUAGCCUUACUGGGAUCUGCGCUGACAAUCGUUUUCAUAUAAUUACAUUAAAUUAUUUUUGAGUUCUUUUUAAAGUAAGAAUUAAAUUUUAUUUUAAUAAAAUAACGUGUUGUUUAAUAGAUUAGAUAUAAACUUAUAAGAAUUCAUUUGCAUAUAUUUAUUUUUUUUAGCAGCAUUAGAAUUAUGUCGAAAUAAUGUUGAAUCAAUAGUGCUUAUAUAUAAUAAAGUAUUUCAUCAUGAAGAUAAUCAAGAAAAUCUAAUAGAUUUUUCGACAUUAGAUGAUAUUAAAUAUUAUAUUGAUAAUCAAAGACGUACUUUUCAUAAAUUAAUAAAUAUUCAACGAACAUUAGUUGGUUAUGCAUCGAUUGAACCAACUUGUUGGUGGCUUAAUAAUGGAUUUUCAACUUCACGUUAUAAAACACUUGUUCAACACCAAAUUGAUAUUUAUAGAAUGUUAUAUCAUAUUAAUUCAUCUUUAUUACGAAUAAAUGAAUGCUCAAAUAUGGAUAAACAACAAGUUGAAAAUCUUCGUAUUUGUGCAUCUGAUGGUUUAUUUCUUCCUAAUCUUUAUGAUGAAAUUCGUAAUUUAAGUAAACAGUUAAAUGAUUGUUUUCAAGUUUGGUCAUCGUAUUUUUAUUUAACACAAACAAAAUCUUAUCAAAUACAUCGUGGUUCAAUUUAUCAUCGAAAACAUUUGAUUAAAACAGAUUUAAAUAUAUAUGAACAAUGUUUAACUGAACUUCAUCGAACUGUUGUUUAUCUUCAAAUAGAACAUCAAAAAUCAACAAAUCGAUUAAUAAAAUAUUAUUUUCAAAGAUUUUUUUCUGGUGAAAUACCUGAAAAUUUUGUUCCAUUUGUUAAAAAUGAUCAAGCUGAUUCAAUAUUUAUUGCUAUGUCAGCUAUGUAUUAUUCAAUAACACAACUUGCAAAAGCAGCUUUAACUUUGGGUACAACAAUGCAUGAUGUUUUUGAACUUGAAACAACUGAUUUAUAUCGACCUUUUUAA